GGACGGGGGUUCUAACCCCUCAACUUUUUUCUUGGGACAGUCUCUAAACAGCAAGGGCCACAGGCUGAGUUAAGCAAUGGGAGCUGAGGAAGAGGUUCAGGUCACGCUAUCAGGGGGAGCUCCCUGGGGCUUCCGACUACAAGGGGGUGCUGAACAGAGGAAACCUUUGCAGGUGUCCAAGAUACGAAGGAGAAGUCAGGCAGGCCGAGCAGGGCUUAGAGAACAGGACCAGCUAUUGUCUAUCAAUGGAGCAGCUUGCACUGGUCUUUCCCACGCCAGUGCCAUGAAUCUCAUUGAUGCUUCAGGGGCCCAGCUCAUCCUCACCGUGAGGAGGGUAGGAGAUCUAGGGCCUGUGCGUUCUCCAUCUCCUGGUGAGCUUCGAGUGCUGUCUCCUUCAUCCCCACUGAGUCCAGAGCCCCCUGGGGCUUCAGCACCUCAACCUCUGCAGCCUGGAAGCCUGCGGUCACCCCCAGACAGUGAGGCAUACUAUGGGGAAACAGACAGUGAUGUGGAUGGCUCUGCCACCCAGGAGAAGCCCCGUCGUCCCCGUCGACGAGGUCCUACCAGGCCCACACCUCCAGGGGCCGCACCUGAGGAGGUCUCUUUAUCUGACAGCCCCGCAGAGCCUGCCCCAGCUUCUCUUGAAUCCCCAGCUCUGGGAGAUAGCCGUGUGAGUUCUCCAUCCUGGGAAGAUGGGGCAUCUCUUCAGCCGCCUCCAGCUGAAGCUCUGUUGUUACCUCAUGGCCCACUCCGACCUGGGCCCCAUCUCAUCCCCAUGGUGGGGCCCGUGCCUCACCCAGUGGCUGAUGAUCUUACCACCAGUUACACCCAGAAAGCCAAGCAAGCCAAACUACAGCGUGCAGAAAGCGUCCAAGAGAAGAACAUAAAGGAGGCCAAGACCAAAUGCCGGACGAUUGCCUCCCUGCUGACAGCCGCACCCAAUCCUCACUCCAAAGGGGUGCUUAUGUUUAAGAAGAGGAGGCAGCGGGCCAAGAAAUACACCCUCGUCAGCUUUGGGGCUGCGGCCGGAGAGGGAGCACAGGAGGGGGGCGAGGAGGAAGAAGAAGACGGCAUCCCCCCCACCAGUGAGUCUGAGCUGGAAGAAGAGACCUUCUCAGAUGCCCGAAGCAUCACUAAUCAGUCAGACUGGGACAGCCCCUAUCUGGACAUGGAACUGGCCCGCUCAGGGUCAAGCAGAGCAGAGGGGCAGGGGCCAGGGCCAGGGGGUGGCCUGAGUGAAGCUUCAGGAAGAGGUGCCCGGCUUUUUGAGCAGCAGCGGCAGCGGGUAGCCUCUAGCUCCCUGGAACAGCCUAAUGAUAUUCCCCCAUCCCUGAUGAAUGGGAGGGGCCCUCCACCCCUACGUGCACAGAGCACCCCCCCAGAGGGGGCCUUACUACCACCUAGCCCAGUGCUGCCCCCUGCUACCAGUCCCAUUCCUUUAGCCUCUGGUGGAGGAGCCCCUCUUCCAGCCACAGGCAUUUUCAAUAGGUCAGCAAGGCCAUUCACCCCAGGGUUCCAAGGGCAGCGCCCAGUCACUACUUCAGUUGUUUUCCGACCUGUAGCACCAAAGAAGGCAAAUGAAAGCCUUGGGAGUCCCAAUCCUAUUCUCCCCGCUUUCAUGUCCUCGCCCCAAGGUCCCAGUCUUCCCCCCAACUUCUCUACCCAGAAAGAUCCUGGCAAUGUACCAGUCUCUGUCUCCACCAAUGCCCCAUGCUCCUCAGGCCCAGUAACAGCCACCAGUUCCUUAUAUAUCCCUGCCCCAAGUAGGCCCAUUACACCUGGAGAUACCCCUGACUCUCAGGCCUCUCACAGCAUGACUGCCAUGACCUCUACUGCUUCCAUCUUCCUAUCUUCUCCCCUAAGGCCUACUGGACUCCCCAUGGCAUCUAAUUCAAGUAACCCUGCCCCUGAGGCUCCCAGUACCAGGGAGCAGAGAAUAUCUGUGCCUGCUCCCCGUACAGGCAUCCUGCAGGAGGCACGACGCCGAGGGGGGCGCAAACAAAUGUUCCGUGGGGGGAAUGAAGAGAAAAAAAAUUCACCCAACCCUGAGCUGCUGUCACUGGUACAGAACCUGGAUGAGAAACCUAGGGCAGGAGGGGCUGAGUCUGGUCCUGAAGAGGAUGCCCUGAGCCUAGGGGCUGAAGCCUGCAACUUCAUGCAACUCACAGGGGGUCGAAGUUUUAAGACCCCACCCCCUAUGGCACCUAAGACCCCACCCCCUGUGGCACCCAAACCUGUACCCCGGGGUCUUCCUGAUGGUCUGGUGAAUGGGACUGUUCCCUCUACAGGUGUCCUCCCUGAACCACCUAGGCUACAAGGCCGAGGUGGAGAGCUAUUUGCUAAAAGGCAGAGCAGGGUAGAUAGGUAUGUGGUGGAAACCACUCCUGGUCCUGGUACUGGACCAAUCUUUAGCUCCCAACCUCGAAGCCCCUCUCCUACCCCUUCAUUGCCUCCUUCAUGGAAGUACUCCCCUAAUAUCCGCGCUCCUCCUCCCAUUGCCUACAACCCACUGCUUUCUCCAUUUUUCCCACUGGCUGCUCGGACCCUUCCCAGCCGAACACAGCCUCAGGGACCCCGAACAACCACAAAACCAGGCAUCAAGGCUAUCGACUUCAUGAGGCACCAGCCCUAUCAACUCAAAAGUGCCAUGUUCUGCUUUGAUGAGAUUCCUCCAACUCCUGGCCCUAUUUCCCCCGGGUCUUCUAAGACCACUCGAGUUCAUGAGAUACGUAGAUUUUCUACCCCAGCCCCCCAGCCUACUUCUGAACCCCUGGCCCCAACUGUGCUCACUCCCAGAGCAGCUACUUCACUGGAUGAGCCCAUCUGGAGAGUAGAGAUGCCCCCAAAUCCCAUCCAUGCCCCUAGCCCAGCCCCAACUUUAGAGUCUCCUCGAGGUCAUGGAACCUCCCCUGGCUCCUGCAGCUUCCAGGUAGCCAGACCCAGGUUCUCGGCUGCCAACUCUGGGCUUCAGGCACAUGUGUGGAGGCCUGGAGCAGGGCAUCAGUGAAUUAAUUGGGCACAGCCAAGGGAGCCAGAAAAUGGAGUACAUAGCAAGCUCUCAGAGCUGGUUUUGCCACCCUAAAUCCUCCUCUCUAGCUACCUGGAGAAAUUUCCCCUUCCAGGGUUGGCUUGGUAUUCAUGUCUCACCUUCCCUUCUUUUAGUCAGUAUAGCUCUGCUUUGAUAUCUCUCUCUC